AUGCCAAAGUCCAAGCGGAUCAAAAAUCAAAACACCGAAAAAAGUAAACAACAUUACUUUCUCUCUCCGUUUUCCUUUUUUUUAUGCAACAUUCGUGUGCGCUGGGAGAAAACUAAUUUAUUUUAAGCUUAUUCGUGCAAAGGCAAUUGCUGUGAAGAAAACGGAGUAGAAAAGCUUCUGCUAGGUAUCGCGAAGGUGUGCGUUUUAUGGAGUGUUCAUCGGACAUCUUCCAUCGACAACAUGCAGGAAAGUACGAUCUACAACAUCCUACCGGUGUUGCUGUGCGGUCUGUCCGUUCCACUGUCCAUGUUUAUGUGGAUCGGGAAUGUCGCCUACUCGAAGAUCGCAAGCGAUGGUUCCAGUGAGUUAUAGCGUCAUUCCACCGACCCGUUGGCUGUUUUCGGUGCUCGUACCGAUACUGCUGAUGGUGUACGGGUUGAAGCGAAAGGGCGUGAACAAAUCCGGUGCCGCGUUUGGGUUAGUUUGUGCGGUGAUUCUUUCGAUAUCAUCGCACGCUUUCCUAGCCUGUCUCGCAGCCUUCUUCUUCAGCUCGAGCCGGGCGACCAAAUUUCGUGGCCACGCGAAACGCAAGUUCGAGGAAGACUUUAAGGAAGGUGGUCAACGGAACUGGGCCCAGGUGAUCUGUAAUGCGGGCAUGGCGACACAGUUGGCGCUGCUCUAUCUGCUCGACUGCGGGUACGGCGAGCGGCCGAUUGAUUUCGUAAAUCUCUACCGGUCCAGCUGGCUCGGGGUGGCCGUGAUGGGAUCGUUUGCGUGUUGCAAUGGUGACACGUGGGCGAGCGAGCUCGGGACGGUCAUUGGGAGCGGGGAUCCGUUUCUCAUCACAAACAGGAAGCGGGUUCCGCGUGGCACAAACGGUGCCGUUUCCUUUGUUGGGUUGGUGAUGAGCUUCCUGGGAGGCACACUGAUCGGGUUGGUUUACUUUCUCACCAUCCGUUACACGGUUGAGACGAACAUUUAUCAAAACAGCCCGGAGCAGUGGCCGUUAAUUGUGUUCGGUGGAAUGGCGGGACUGUUGGGUUCGUUAAUAGACUCGCUGCUUGGUGCAACGCUGCAGUAUUCGGGACAGAACGAACGGGGCAUGAUUGUGGAAAGGCCGGGCAAACACGUGCGACACAUAAGCGGAGUGCGCAUUUUAGACAAUCACAGCGUUAAUCUGAUAUCGACCAUCCUGACCGGUAUCAUGAUGCCCUCGAUUGCGAUGAAUCUCUGGGGCAUGUUCUGAUGGGAAACGGGUCACACAAGCGGCUCGUUACGUAAACUUACUAAUUACGGUAAUAGAGAUUAAUAGACGGUUGUCGAUCUGUCGAGUGACUUUUUUCUUAACGGUGGCUAGCGAAUAAAUUUUACAUCUUAUAUCAAAUGAAA